CGAAGAAGGACGAGAAGGACCUGUGCAGCGGGAAGCCGGCGAACGGCAUGGUGGCCCUGCCGAACGGCACCUUGGCCGUCUUCCGAGGUCACUACUACUGGCUGCUGCACGGGGUAGCCCGCCGACCACGCCCCCGGCGGAUCAGCGAGGGCUGGGGCAUCCCGUCCCCCAUCGACGCCGUCUUCUCCAGGUGCAACUGCGACGGGAAGACCUUCUUCAUCAAGGGUCCCCUGUACUGGCGUUUCACUAACGGUGUGAUGGAUAAAGGCUAUCCCAAACCUCUUGCAAAUGGAUUUGCAGGACUAAAUGGGAAAAUAGUAGCAACCCUCCCUGUGGCAAGCUACCACAACAGACCAGAAUCUGUUUAUUUUAUCAAAAAAGAUGGCAACAUGCAACAGUACGUGUACAAACAAGAACCAGCCAGGAAGUGUCGCCGAAGGAUGCGGUUUACCAUAAGAUACCCGGCUUUUGUGCCACGACUUGUCAUACGGAGACGCUUCCAACGGGCAGUGGGAAUGCCAACCGUUAUACAGACUGUCAGAGUCAACCCAUAUCCAGCUGGAGUUUUGCAUAAGGAAAUCCGAGUGGCUUCCUACUGGAGAGGGCUCCCGAAAGUCAUUCACUCAACUAUAUCCCUACCCAACUACAAUAAGCCGGACGGCUACGAUUACUACGCCUUCUCGUACAAUCGGUACUACAGUUUGGAUGUUGGCAAAAGAACAGCAAGACCUGUUACCGCUCUCACGGGAAAGACUGUAUCCAAAGACUGGUACAACUGUCCUCCCAAGUGA